GGCAACUCCGAUAUAUUUUCAUGGACCAAUUCAUAAGGCCCAUUAAUUUCAAUAUCCUCCUCAUCCGCAAGGCAACUUCUUACGUUCUAGAUUUUUCCUCUUUCCAUUCAUAACCUCGUAUUUCAUCCUAGAAUCUCGGUAUUCUACAGUGAGAGUUGAUAAUGCUUUGAAUUGUAAGGUUUUACUUUGAAGAAGAAAAAGAAGAAAGAAAAGUUAGACAACAAAUUUAACCCUAAUAUUAGGGUUAUAAUUUUGAUUGUUUUAAGAGAAUGACCGAUACAAAGUUCCUGCAAGAGAUAUUGCUGUACGCAGCUAGGGCGGCGCUGAGUUAUUGGGUAUUGGUCACAGGACUCCGAUACCUUGACCCUAACCGUGAAUCAACCAAGAAAGCUCUUGAACAAAAGAAACAAAUUGCCAAGCGUCUAGGUCGCCCCCUCAUUCAAACCAAUCCCUACGAGGAUGUAAUAGCCUGUGAUGUUAUAAACCCUGACCAUAUUGAUGUGGAGUUUGACUCCAUUGGGGGACUGGAAACUAUUAAACAAGCUUUGUUUGAGCUUGUUAUUCUGCCCUUGAAACGGCCCGACUUGUUUUCGCAUGGCAAGCUUCUUGGACCACAAAAGGGGGUUUUGUUGUACGGACCUCCUGGCACUGGGAAAACCAUGCUUGCUAAAGCUAUUGCCAAGGAGUCCGGAGCAGUGUUCAUUAAUGUGAAGAUAUCUAACCUCAUGAGCAAAUGGUUUGGGGAUGCCCAGAAACUUGUGUCUGCCGUAUUUAGCUUGGCUGAUAAGCUUCAGCCUGCCAUCAUAUUCAUCGAUGAAGUUGACAGUUUUUUGGGUCAACGCCGUUCAUCAGAUCACGAGGCUAUGCUAAAUAUGAAAACCGAGUUCAUGGCUCUAUGGGACGGAUUCACCACCAACAAGAAUGCUCGAGUUAUGGUACUUGCAGCAACUAAUCGCCCUUCUGAACUUGACGAAGCAAUACUACGGCGACUUCCUCAAGCUUUUGAAAUUGGAUAUCCAAGCCGGAAAGAGAGGGCUGAGAUAUUGAAGGUUAUCUUAAAGGGGGAAAGUAUCGAAAACAACAUAGAUUUCAAUCAUAUAGCGGGAUUAUGUAAGGGUUACACUGGUUCAGAUCUAUUCGAUCUUUGCAAGAAGGCUGCAUAUUUUCCUGUUAGAGAGCUACUGGAUAAUGAAAAGAGAGGGAAACAAACUCAUGAACCUAGACCAUUAUCGCAAUUAGAUUUGGAGAAGGCCCUUGCCACUUCACAGAAGACAACCGUUGCUGCAAAUGAAUACGAUAGAAUGAACCAACAGUCAUCAUCAAGACGGACGUUUCCCGAUGAGGGUGAUUUUGAUGUUCAAGCUGCAAUCAAGGAAAUCUCUAAGCUUAUGGGUUCCCACAUGAUUAACCUCCAAUUAGAUUCCCAGGAUGCUUAAAAUUGAGUUUCUUUUGAACACUCUUCUACUUCCAUUUAGUAUAGUCCAGAUUGUAAUAUAACAUAAUACUCUUGUAUAACACAAUCUAUAUUUUGCCAAA